AUGUCUGCUGCCGUAGCCGCCCCACAACGCACGCCUCUCCGACGAGUAUCCCAAGGCUCGCUCUUCCGUCUUUCUCGUUCGAAUGCUCACUCCGAUGCACCUUACGGUCUUGGUUUCCUCGAACCUGCUCUCGCCGAGCUCGCAGACGAAGUCGAAGCCCUGAAUACCAACGUCCAAGGUCUCAGGUCCCUCAGCGAUGCUCUGGGCACGUUCAAUGAGAGUUUUGCGAGCUGGCUAUAUGUUAUGAAUAUGAAUGCGCUCACAGUUGACUGGCCUCAAGCUCCAACAUAUGCCUCAUAUAAACUUGCUGCACGAAGAGCAGAGGAAGACGCCGCGGCUGCCAUGGACGCACUUCGGACAGCUCAAGCUACGCCCCGCCCUCAAUCUCCAGACGCCCCAAGCGUGAGCAAAGAGUCCACAGCCUCUCUCUCCGAUGAGACAGGAAAUGAUACCACCUUCGCAACCACCACCAACGCCACGACAGUUUCUAUGGGCUCCAAGGUCCCGAUGAAGAAAGUUCAGAAGGGUAAGCCUAAGUUGACUACGAAGGAGAAGAAGGAACGCGGGCUACUUGUCGAUAAGGUUGUGACAUCUUUACCGCUCGAGUUUCGUGGAAACGACCCGAAUCUGCGACGGCAUAUUGAGACUGUAAUUGAGGGCUUUUUGGAUAGACCCGGGCGUGGCGUUGGCAUUGCGGAGUUGAUCAAGCCACCGGACCUCUCGCAAGUCCGGGUGAAUAAGUGUUUGAUCGCGUUGGUCAAUAGGAAGGUAGUGAGGAAAGAUAACAGCACGGGUGCUGUCUUGUAUCACUGGCAUGGGAUUCCGUAG